AUGCACCGCAAACGAGGAAAUGGAUCCACGCCUUCCAUACCACCAGAGACCAAAGCCGGCCCUCGUCGACGAGGUGAAUAUCGACGAAUCGGUCCGGAAAGGUGCGUUGGCAUCGGUGGCGACCUCGACGAAAAGAUAAAAGAGCAACUGGUCACAUUGCUCAAACAGAACGUGCACCUUUUCGCAUGGUCAAUGGCAGAUAUGAAAGGGAUCGACCCGGCAAUCACAUCCCACGAGCUAAACGUGGACUCUACCUACAAACCCAUGAGACAGAAAAGACGCAAGCUCGGCGCCGAUAAAGCUCAAGCAGUCAAUGAAGAAGUGGAAAAGCUACUUAGAGCCGGAUCGAUCACUGAAGUAAAAUACCCCGAAUGGCUAGCAAAUCCAGUCGUCGUCAAAAAGAAAAACGGAAAGUGGAGAGUCUGCGUCGAUUUCACAGACCUGAAUAAAGCAUGCCCAAAGGAUAGCUUCCCUUUACCGCAUAUCGAUCGCCUCGUCGAGGCCACGGCAGGGAAUGAAUUACUAUCCUUCAUGGACGCCUUUUCAGGAUACAAUCAGAUCUUCAUGCAUCCCGAUGAUCGCGAGAAGACGGCAUUCAUUACCGAUCGUGGCACCUAUUGCUAUAAAGUGAUGCCCUUCGGCCUGAAGAACGCCGGCGCCACUUAUCAACGAUUAGUGAACAAAAUGUUCGCGGACCAGCUCGUACGGGAUGAAGCUGAACCCCGCAAAAUGCACAUUCGCCGUUACCUCGGGAGAAUUCCUCGGUAUGUUGUGACCCAACGCGGGAUAGAGGCAAACCCGAAGCAGAUCUCGGCGAUCCUCGACCUCCCAUCGCCGACAUCCUCCAAAGAAAUCCAAAGACUCACCGGACGUAUCGCCGCAUUGAACAGAUUCAUCUCGCGCUCAACCGACAAGUGUCUCCCCUUCUACCAAUUGCUUCGAUCAAACAAGAAGUUCGAGUGGGACAAAAAAUGCGAAGACGCUUUCAAACAAUUGAAAGAGUAUCUCACUACCCCACCAAUUCUCGCAAAACCCGAAGAAGGCGAAGACCCUACUCUUAUAUAUCGCAAUAUCAAGCACGGCGGUAAGCGGAGUCCUCGUCCGAGAAGAUCGAGGAGAGCAGCAGCCAGUCUUCUAUUUCAAAAGCCGGACGAGCGCCAAGUCACAAGUCUAGCCGACUUCAUCGUAGAAAUCCCACCAGAGCUCGCAACUCAAGAGGACGAGCAAAUCCUCAAAUGGACACUGCAUGUCGACGGAUCGUCCUCCAGGCAAGGAGCAGGCGUCGGCAUCCGCCUCGUCUCCCCGACAGGCGAGAUUCUCGAGCAAUCGAUCAAACUCGGUUUCCCAGCGUCCAACAACGAAGCCGAAUACGAAGCGAUUAUUGCCGGACUUCGUCUCGCCGAAGCAGUCGGAGCAGAACACGUUCGUGCGUUCUGCGACUCUCAGCUCGUCGCUAAACAAUUCAGCGGUGACUACGACACGAAAGACGAUCGCAUGGAUGCGUAUCUCAAACAAACGCAAAGACUUGCCAAAGCAUUCAAGACGUUCGAGUUGACAAAGAUCCCCCGUUCCGAGAAUUCCGAAGCCGACGCACUCGCAGCCUUGGCGUCAAAAACCGAAUCAGCACUGCGACGGGUCAUCCCGGUCGAAACCAUCGACGAACCAAGCAUCAAACUCCCCAAGGGAACCGUCGUCAUGGCAAUCUCGCAAGAAGAAGAAGAAGACGAAAACCUCACUGAUGACGAGUCAGCAGAACACAAAUCAUGGCAGGAUGAAAUCAGAAAUUACCUCAUCAACGACGCCGUGCCAGAGGAGCGAUGGGCGGCCCGCCGCCUCCGACGAAAAGCAGCUUACUACUUCUUACGCAACAACGAGCUUUUUCGCUGGAGCGCAAACAAAGUCAUCCUGCGAUGCUGCGACGAAGCACAAGCUAAGAGCAUCAUGGUCGAGACCCACGAGGGAGCAUCAGGAAACCACGCCGGCGGAAGAUCACUCGCUUUAAAAAUUAAGAAGAUCGGAUACUUCUGGCCAACGAUGAUCGGCGAUUGCAUAAACGUCGCCGCCAAAUGCGUCCCCUGCCAAAGAUACGCACCGGCGAUCAACGCCCCAACGCAAGCACUUCAAGCUGCGAUCCCGGCAUAUCCCUUUAUGCGCUGGGGAAUGGAUAUCGUCGGCCCCAUGCCACGCUCACGGCAAUGCGCUUACCUCUUGGUCGUCACCGACUACUUUACUAAGUGGGUAGAAGCAAAAGCGUACAAAAACCCAACGGCUCAUGACGUAAGAAACUUUGUGUGGCAGUAUAUCAUAUGCCGUCACGGUCUUCCUUAUGAGAUCGUCACGGACAACGGAGGACAAUUCGUCGCAGCAACUUUCCGAGAAUUUUGCGCAUCGUGGAACAUCAAGAUCACUUACUCCACGCCAAGAUAUCCUCAAGCUAAUGGACAAGCCGAGUCCACAAACAAAACUAUUGUUGAUGGAUUGAAAAAAAGGCUUGAAGGCUACCAAGGAGCUUGGGCGGACGAAUUGGAUGGAGUGCUCUGGUCGCAUCGAACCACCCCAGAACCGCAUCCGGGGAAACCCCAUUCUCUUUGUCGCACGGUUGCGAAGCUAGCACACCGGCAGAACUGCACGUAG